GGCCAAGCAUUCCAGCAAGGGCGCAUUUCAGGCUCUCGCACACCUGUGCUCCUUGCUGUGGCGUUGCUUGGCCGUUGACGCCCCGUGCCGGCUGUGACGAGUGCCCUGGGCUGAGCUGAGUUGGCACCGCCGGUGCAGUAGUGAAUUGUGGGGCAACGAUGGCUGCCCUUCGUACCGUUGAGGACGUGUUCGCGGACUACAGUGGCAGAAGGCAGGGCAUCCUGACGGCCCUCACGGCAGAAGUGGAACGCUUCUACGCCGAGUGUGACCCCGAUCGGGAGAACCUGUGCCUGUAUGGAAACCCAGACAGCUCCUGGGAGGUGGAUUUGCCGGCCGAGGAGGUGCCGCCGGAGAUGCCGGAGCCCGCCUUGGGCAUCAACUUUGCUCGGGACGGCAUGCAGAAGAAGGACUGGCUGUCGCUAGUGGCCGUGCACAGCGACACCUGGUUGCUGGCCGUGGCCUUCUACAACGGGGCGCGGCUGAACCGGGAAGGCAGGGAGCGGCUGUUUGAGCUCAUCAACGAGCAGCCCACGUGCUACGAGGUGGUGUCCGGGCGGGCCAGCAGGGAUGUGGCACGGCCAAAGAAAAGAGGAGCACCCGGCCAACCAGCCAGGCCCGCAGGCCUGGGUGCACCCGCCAAGAAUCCGCGGCCGGAAGAAGAGGAGCUGCCGCCCAGGUUGACCGACAACGAGUACGCAGAUGGGGAGGGCGACCCCUGCCCCAACUGUGGGCGGGUGUACAGGACCGGCGAGUUUUGGAUCGCUUGUGAUUUCUGCGACACCUGGUACGACGGCAAGUGUGUGCAGAUGACGCCUCAGAAGGCCCAACGGAUGGGCAAGUGGAGGUGCCCUGCCUGCGACAGGCGGCAGCAGGGCUGAGUUGGAGUUGGCAUUGCACCCCCAAGUUAUUCUUUCAGGGCCCCUUUUUCUGAGUCUUAGGCGGCAGGCUGGGGGCAGCUGUUGUAUGUACACCAUCCCAACUGGAGCUCACAUUAAGACCGGGAGCAUCCAGUCAGCGGACUUGAUCCGCGUGCGCAGCUGAUAGAUUUCAAUAUUGCAGCUUGCCAGCUGGCUACAGCAGUGCUGCAGCAAUGCAGCAGCCUCCAGAGAUCAGCCGUCUGCUCGGUCAUGUAGUUGUCCCUCCCUGGUUCACAUCCAUUAGGACGCUUUCUGCCUGGUCGUUCUUGUUCUGCUGCUGCUCAUUGGCAUGGCCCAUUCACUUACGGGGAGUUGUAUGACCUGCGGAGCCUUUUUUUCAGUGUGCUAAGGUGUCAGUGCCUGCGGCAUAGGGGAGGGGUUGUGCGUUUCAGGGGCUUGCGCUCUUUGCAGGCAAUAUUACCUCGAAAGCGAUGGCUUUGGCUGAUGUGAGACUUUCUUAUUCCAGGCAAGCAUGCGGCUCUUGGGUGCCAGGGAGUAUGCCCCAAGUACCAGAUGGUUGCAGUAAUUUAGACAUUUUCAGACGUGUGCGUCUUAGAUAUUGUGCGACUAUUUUAAAGGCACUGUUGCUCAAAUGCGUGUGUUGCGGCACACAAGAGUGGCACCAUUGCAACGUUUUGCUUGACUUUACAGUGCGACCCGCUUCAAGACUGUUUCUGCGGAGAUCUGACGGCUUAUGACUAAAAAGCAAUAUUGUAAUAUCCAGUCAGAGUGUACUGUGGACGUCAUACAGUGGCAGGGCAUUGGGGGGCGCACAUCAAUCAUGCAUGAUUUAUUAUAUCGUCCUCUUCAUGCCAGUGUUUUCAAGCCUGUGUUGCUCCCGCGCGUGCGACCCAGCCUCGAGCAUCUAAUUCUAGAAUUCUGCGCAGCUGCAAGAGCUUCUAGAACGUGCUCUGCUGUCUGUUGAUGUGCUAUACAGCUGCGUUUGUCCGCAUGCUCUUGCGAUCAUCAGGUAGACAACCAUGCAUGCUUUUCUGCUGACAGGAGCAUCAUAAUCCGGGUGAAUUGAUC